GCGCCAAAAUAGCAGGAACUCAUAGUUGUAAACACGGAAGUGGAGAUUGUUGCGGCGUCACCGACGGAUUUUUUUUUUACAUUUUCAUUCCUUCUUGCUGCGGCUGUUUUAACACAAUGGACACUCUGUCUUAUUUGCCCGUACAACCCGGAGUGUGCAUGGAAGAACAUUUCUUCUCCCUGGACGACAUCUUGCUCUCGCAUGAGCGACUUCCCAUCUGCACACAAGUGACUUUCCCGCGGCUGGGGUUUCUGGAGAAGUCCAGCGACUCGUCGGACAUCCCGGAGGGCACAAAAAUGGAAUUUCCGCUCUGGCUUUCCAAGGGUUUGUAUGAGCAGAACAAAGGGAUGUUGUCCGUGGAGCUGCCAAAGGUCUACAGAGAAGGAUGGAGGACGGUGUUCAACGCUGACCCCACUGUGGUGGAUCUUCACAAGCUGGGACCUUACUACUAUGGCUUGGGCUCACAGAUGCUGCACUUUGACAGUCCGGAGAACACAGAAAUUGCACAGACAUUGCUUCAGACGUUCAUCGGCCGAUUCCGACGCACCAUGGACUCUUCGCAGAAUGCCUACAACGAGGACACUUCGGCACUGGUGGACCGCCUGGACUGUAUCGAGAAGGUUCUGUUCCGCUCAGGUCAGCUUGGCCUCAACAGCUUCCAGAGCUGGGAGAAAGGACAUGCCUCCCAGCUCACCGCCUCCAGCCUGGUGCUCAACUACCGCAAGAGGAAGAUGGCUGAUGUCCAGUCGUGAUCUCAGGAAGGGCAACAGACUUUUAACCUUCUUUUAUUACCCCUCGAUCAUUCUCUACGCAACCUGUUCAGGUAUGUGUUCUUCGGUGGAACUUUUACCAAUAAAACUAAUAGACUUUU